GUGGGUGGUACUGCAAACGGUAACGGGCGACUACCGGUAACGGUAACGGGAAUGACAAGCGCAAGAGCACAGAAACCAGAAGCUAGGGUCGUUUUGUCGGAGAUUCAGAGUCAAGACCCAGAGUUAUAAGCAUUCCGACAGGAGAGUUAAGAGAAACGGAUAAAAAAUCAAGCUGAAAGGCAAAGAAAAUCAACUGAAGUUUUGAACACUAAAUGCCAGCGCCCGAACCAUCAAGAAUCAAUCAAUUGGGCUCGAAAGGGUGGUGCGCCAAAGUUUUUCCCCAGAACCCCAGCAGCAGCAAUACGGUUGAAGAGAGCACCCAAAAACACAUCGACAGUAGGGACAGUGACAGAGACAGGAACAGUGAGAAAGAGGCAACAGUGACAGCAGUUAAAAAUCAAUAUCCGUCUAAAGUUUAUUUCGGUUUCGGUACGAACAACUCAGAAAGUAUCAGUUGCUACAGCCGAAAUUACUGUAGAAAGUAGUAGACUCAAGACCUAAAUAGGUAAAAAUAACUCCAAGCUUUUUGUUAAUCGCGUCCGCUUUAAUCUACAAAUUCAACAAACAUUUUUGCCAAAGUAAUUGUGUGUCCAUUUUGUGCUAAGCUUGAACAUAGACUUAAAGAAGUAACUAACUAUUUAAGAGUCAAAGCUUUAAGCAAAAAAACUUGUUCCAUCCAAUGCCAUAACGUUAAUUGAAGAACGGCUCCGCUGCAAACCAUUGGUGACAAGUAAUUAUUCAGUGCUAUUAACAAAGUUCAUCCAAGUUUAACCAAAAGAUCCGACGAUUGAUGAAAAGGGUCGCCCAGCAAACGCGCAGAAAGUUUAAACUAAAAACCCAAAGAACACUUAUAAGACAAAAAACGAAUUUUCAAGAUUAAAUCGCAAAUCCUAUUCUAUCGACAAACCAGUUAGAGGAAAACCAAAGGAACAAAAACUAAAAAAAUCACGCCUAUUUCCACAAAUCUUACUUCAAGUCGAAAAUCCCAAAUUCAAAGAUUUGCAUUAAAAACCGCAAUAUUUUCAAACCCAACACAGCUUUAAAGUGUGCACAAUAACAAAGCAAACAAAAAAUUAACAAUAAAAAUCAAAAUAAAGACACUCAAGCCGAAAACAAAACCAAGACAAAUUAUUAAUAAACAAAAUCGAAAAACCAUUAAGCAAACCGAAGAAAAAACCAAGGCAAGAAAAACUGCGCCAAAGUCACGGCCAGCAAACAAAAAGUACAACAAUUAAACACAAAAAUACUAUAAGCAUCGGCAGUUGUGAAGUGAAGCGUUACCACUGGCCACGCCUACGCCCCGCGGCUUAACUCUCCGUUUUAGAAAUUUCCCGAUUUGGGAGUGCAUAUUGAUCUUCUUGAAAUCUUGUGUGUGCCGACUGAAAAGCUAGCACAGGUGAACCAAUUGUAUCCCGGAGUGUCCAUUCUUUUUUUCGAGUGUACGAAACAGUUUUUUUUCCGCGUAAUCGAAGCCAGAGGCAAGGAAGAAGAACAUCAACAACUGCACCAACUGUGAUGGGAGAUCAGCCAAAGGCAACGACAUCCGCAAUCGUUUCUGAAGGCGAACCCAUGAUGUUCGCCAACCAGGACUCGUUGCCCAACGGAGCAGGGGGUGGUCCUCCUCAGGUCCCGGAUCAGGAGCAAGGCCAAGCGGAGCUUGGGGAUACCGGGGACGAUGCCGCAACCGAUGCCGGGGCCAGCUCCCUGCCACCCUCAGAGAUUGGUGGCCGGGCGCCCCUAGACACGGCCUGCUCAGACGCCGAUGGCGGCGCGGCCUCCAGCUUGGCCGGUGGGAUUGUGGGUCCGCCCAGUCCGCUAACUGGCUGCUACCUACUCAUCGUCCUGGGUGAGCCGCAUUCCGACGAGCACAAGGACAACAUCUUGCAGCACCUGCUUAAGGGUUUCCUUUCCUGGGACGUUUCUGAUUGUCACGUCGACUUGGAAGAGGAGCUUAAUACAAUUACACAGCAUGCGCCCGAGGGCGAGGAGGCUCGUCACGGCGAGCGACUCAUCCAGUAUGCCAGCGAAAAUCUGGUCACCGAGGUGCUAAUCCACCCGCAGUAUAACACGCUUAUUCAGUGCAUGCGGAACCUGCUCAGCAGCUUUACACGCCACCGGCACAUCAUACAUGCUGGCUACACCUUUAGUGGCAAUGGUUCUUGGAUACUUCAGGACGGAACAUUCUCUGUUGCUGACUUUUCUGAAGCCUUCCAGGAGCACGACGUACAAAGAGUGAUCCGAGCCUAUGCUGACACCAUCACCAUGAACAUCCAUUGUGCGGAUGCGGGGUUGUGGCACACUCUGCCAGAGAAGGCCUUUGCACGCCAGUGUCGGAUUCGCAUCAAUCCCGUAGACGUCCUCGACACGAGCAGCGAAGGCAUUAACGGAUUUAUAGACUAUCUGGCACCCAUGGUGAUGCCAACCUCGCUGAGGGAGCUUCUGGAGACUUCGGACGUGGUUGGAAACAUUCGCUUCACCCAUCCCACGCUCUACGUCUUCCCCGGUGGCCAGGGCGAUGCAGCGCUCUUCGGUAUCAACGGCUUCAAUAUGCUUGUCGAUGGCGGGUUUAAUCGGAAGGCAUGCUUCUGGGACUUUGCCCGGCACCUAGACCGACUGGACGCGGUGCUGAUGACGCGCCUAAACAACAGCAACGUUCAGGGCUUGGGCGCGGUGGUAUCGCGCAAGCGUGACGCCCACGUUUACCCCCAAAUAGGGCACUUUUUUGGUAACUUACCUGACCGCAAAGGCCUGCCAAGCCCGGAUGGCGACAAAGACCGUGACCCACUUUUGAUUGACCUUUUCGAUCGCGGACACGGUAUCGUCAGUGACCUGAGGGCCCUUGAUUUAAAGCCACAAUGCUGUUACCGCAACCAGGAGCCGGUUAAUCUCUACCACAAGGUGGGCCACGGCACCCUGGACAUGUAUGUGAUAAGCCCAGCGCGCGACUCUAAGGAGGUGAAGGAGUUCCUCCAGAAAUGGCACGCCGGCGACCAGCGCCUCUUUGGCACUCGGGAGUCGCGUGACUUUAAUUUUCCUUUGCAAAACUUAGUAUCUAUUUGCGCCCUUCUCGUUUGGCAACCGGCAAACCCAGACGACACUAUUACCCGUAUCCUCUUUCCGGGAAGCACUCCCGACUUUAAAAUUCAAGAGGGCCUCGAGAAACUCAAGCACCUAGAGUUCAUGAAGCACUCUACCUGCACAGCCAAGUCUAUUGCCCUCACUAUCCAAACCGUGGCCGGCACUCGCAAAAGUUUGAAGUCGGCUAUUGAAGGCACUCCAGCUCCGCCCAGCGCAAGUUACAAGACAAAGUUCGGUCCCGCGGCCAGUGCCCCUAUAUCCGUCCAGUAUCCACAUCCACAACAGCAAGACAACAAGGCAAAGGAAGCAGCUCAGGCCGCAGCUCAGGCCGCAGCUGCAGCAGCCAUUGCUCGCACCAAAGCCGAUUCCAUGGACACAGAUGCAGAACCGGAUCAGGAAGGUGAACCUGAACCCGCUGACACUGGGGAUGAGACAGCUCACGUGGAUCAUGAGCCCGAAGCGGAGACCGAACCCGAACAAGAACCCGAGGCCGAGCAUGACAACAAGGAUGUCGGUGAAGAGAAUAUGGAGGUCAUAAUCAUAAAGCCCCAGCAGGCGGGAGAACCUGCACCGGUCCCAACAUCUAAUAAAGAUGCAUUGGAUGCAACCCCUGUUGAUGCUGCGACCACUGGCAAGCCAGGAAAGGUUUCGGCUAAAAGCAAGGCGGAAAAACCACGUGCAGAAGUAAAGCCGGUGGUGCGCUCCCGCAUUGAUACCAAACCGCCCAAGUCCAUGGACCGCAAGAUAGCCAAACGGGACGAGAGGAAAAGUUCGCCCACGGCCACGCCAGCCGCCCGGCCGAACGCAUCGCGUGAUGCCAAGUCAAAGGUGCUAAGCCGCCCUACCACCAAAUCCAGUCCCAGUAGCACCCCCGCAAAGAGCGCCAAGGAUGCAAACAACCGAAAAGUACUGGAGUCCAAACAGCAGUCCUCUAGAGUCCAGGUAUCCAGUACAGCCUCCAGAAGGAUUACUGGCACUGUCGGCGAAAGACGAGUUCAACAGCAGACGGAAGCAAAAUCAGCAGCAACUGGGACUAUGCAGGCGGCCCAGAGGAAGCCAAUUUCAAGGAGGCUUCGAGGUGUUUCACCAUCGAAGCGAGCACCAGCCCCCGGAAGUCCGGUAAAACAAGCAAAACCAAAGGCGGCCGACUUAAAAAAGACGCGCCUGGACAAGGGAGGCACCACCGACUCCAGUCUGGUUUCGACACCAUCCGCAGACGAAGCCACAGCAGCCAGAAAACUUCAGGACCUAACCGCUUCUCAAGAACUUGACGCAGAGAAGCAGCGUGAACUGGAUGACCUCAAGGAAGAACAGGAGGUGGUACGCGAGAUCGAAGCUGUGUUUAGCCGUGACGAAAUGAAGCGCCAGCAGCACCAACAGAUCAAGGCCGAACUGCGUGAAAUGCCUGCUGAGGGAACUGGCGAUGGUGAGGAUGAGCCCGAGGAGGAGGAAGAGUACCUGAUUAUCGAAAAGGAGGAAGUGGAGCAGUAUACUGAAGACUCGAUUAUCGAGCAGGAAAGCAGCAUGACCAAGGAGGAGGAGAUCCAGAAGCAUCAGCGCGACUCACAGGAGUCGGAGAAGAAGCGCAAGAAGAGCGCUGAAGAGGAAAUCGAAGCGGCUAUCGCUAAGGUAGAAGCCGCAGAGCGAAAAGCACGAUUGGAGAGCUCCUCUGCAUCUGCCCCGCAGGACGAAUCGGAAGUAAAAACGGAUCUGAAUCAAAGCGAGAUAAAAGCCGAGGUUCAGGACAUAAUUUCCAUUGCCAAGGACAUAGUAAAGUCCCGAACUGAGGAGCAGUUGGCCAAACCCAUCGAGGAGGAGUUUUCCUCGCCAACGCCCGAGGAAAAGCUGAGCAAGAAGACGUCGGAUACAAAAGACGAGUUAAUCGGUGCACCAAUCGACGUCCUGCCCGUUAAUCUUCAGGAAAGCCUCCCCGAAGAGAAGUUCUCAGCCACCAUUGAAUCGGGUGCCACUACUGCGCCUACACUUCCCGAGGACGAGCGUAUACCGUUAGAUCAUAUUAAGGAAGACUUGGUGAUCGAGGAAAAGUACGUCAAGGAAGAGACUAAGGAAGUGGACGCCAUCGUAGUCGCCACCGUACAAGCUCUUCCUGAAGCGGCUCCAUCAGCAAUUAAGGCUAUCCUAGCUGCUACCACCAAUAAUACUCCUAAAGACGCUAGGACCGAGAUUUCGGGCGAGGUUCACGACUCAGGGGAACGGGUGCUGCCCAUGAAGAUGACCUUUGAAGCACAGCAGAACCUUUUACGAGAUGUUAUCAAGACGCCCGACGAAGUUGCAGAUUUACCCGUCCAUGAAGAAGCCGAUCUCGGGCUAUACGAAAAGGACAGCCAGGACACGGGCGCCAAAAGCAUCUCACAUAAAGAGGAGUCUGUCAAGGAAGAAAAGGAGACCGACGACGAAAAGGAGAAAAAGGAAAGAGAGGUCGAAGAGGAAGCGUCAAAAGAAGAACCCUUUAAAGUAGGACUUAAAGAGUCAGCGCAGGAAGUAGUGACCGAAAAGGUUGUACAGACAUGUUUACUCCCUGGCCAAGAAACCAAGGAACAACAACCGGAGUUAGAAAAAAAGAAAGAUCAAGAAUUCGAACAAUAUACCCAAUCAGGAAUCAUUACGGAAAAGGAAUUGAAAAAGUCUGCGAGCACUCCCGAAGAAAAGGAGACCAGCGACAUUACCUCUGAGGAUGAGUUACCUGCCCAGCUGGCGGAACGUACCAUCGCUCCCUCGAAAGAGGCCAAAGAACGUGAGGACACAGUUUCCGUAGAAAGUCCAGCCACCAUAGAGGAAGCAAUAGAGGUCGAUGUGCAGGCCAAUCAGGAAGACCAAAAACAGGAUCAAAAAGCAGAGACGCUUCCAGCGGAGACUGCCAAGGCCAGGAAAUCCUCUCUUGACCUAAGGAAAACCCCUCGACCCGAGUCUGCGACGGAAAGUGACAACGACGAUGCUGAGCAACCCGUCAAAUCCAAGCAGUCCUCCCGCCCUGAAUCUGUGGCAGAUGUUUCCAGACCUGACAGUACAAAGAACGAUGAGUCUCCGUUUCCUUCCAAAGACGUUUCUCGGUCGCAAUCUGUUGCAGAGAGCCUCGCUGAUGAGGCUGAGAAUCAAGAAAAUCAAAGAGAAUCUGAAGAUGCAGCGAAAAGCCACAAGGAUGAAAACCAGGCUCUGGCUUACAAAGAAUCCUCGAGGCCCGAAUCCGCUUUUGAUGGCGAUAAAGAUCUAUCUAUCUCGAAGGAAGUCUUGAAGGAUGAAAUAUUCGCAUCCAAAGAAGCUUCACGGCCAGGAUCUGUUGUAGAAAGUAUUAAAGACGAAGGUGAGAUGUCAAAGGAACCAUCCCGACGAGAGUCCAUAGUUAAAAAUGAGAAGGAAUCAAAGUCGCCGCUUACGUCAAAGGAUGUCUCCAGGCCCGGAUCCGUUAUUGAGAGUGUGAAAGACGAAACGGAGAAGCCGGAAAGCCGACGAGUAUCGAUCGCUGAAAACAUUAAUCCAUUAAGUAACAUGGAUACCGCGGAUCCAUCCCGACCAGAAUCAUCCUUAGAACACGUAGAAGCUGAAUCUGACAAGCCGGACAAGCCGGACAAUGCAUUCCGACGAGAAUCUUUUGAAAAAAGUGUAGAAGGUGACGGUUUAAAAGAUGAUAAGCCAGCAUCUGUUGAAGAUAAUGUAAAAGAUAAAGAUGAAUUAUGCAAAGAAUCAUCCCGUCCGGUGUCGGCCGCCGAAAACGUAAUAGCCGAAACAAUUAAAGAUCUCAAAUCCUCAUCGUACGAAAAUGUAUCUAAACAAGAAACCGCUUUAGAAAGCGGUGAGGACGAAGCUGAAGCCCAAGAAACUCGUGUGUCUACAGAAACACCAGAAAAACCUGAGGACGAAACGUCUUUAACCAAAUCGAAAGAAGGCUCCCUACCACGGUCUAUGGUGGGGCCUGAUAAAGACGAGGCUAAAAAAUAUAAGGAGCCAUCAGGUCGAGAAUCUGUAGCCGAAAGCGUAAAAUCAGAAAGUAUUAAAGCUCAGCAAUCUCCUUUGGCGUCUAAGGAAACUUCAAGGCCAGAAUCCGCGGUAGGGAGCGAUAAGGAAGAAGCUGAAAGAGCAGAAAGUCGUCGCGCAUCUGAGAUAGCGAGCGAUACCCCGGAAAAAGCUAAGGACGAAAAGUCAGGUUCGAAAGAAGUAUCCCGACCAGAGUCUGUGGCAGAGAGUGCUAUUGACGAUGCGGAAAAAUCUAAGGAGCCAUCAGGUCGAGAAUCUGUAGCCGAAAGCGUAAAAUCAGAAAGCAUGAUAGAUCAGAAAUCCCCUCUGGCGUCAAAAGAAACUUCAAGGCCAGAAUCCACGGUAGGAAGCGCAAAAGACGAAGCGGAAAGAGCAGAUAGUCGUCGCGCAUCUGAGGUAACAAACGAUGCUCUUGAAAAAGCUAAGGACGAGAAGUCAGAUUCUAAAAAAGUAUCCCGACCAGAGUCUGUGGCAGAGAGUGCCAAAGAUGAGGCCGAGAAAUUAAAGGAGUUAUCUGGGCGAGAAUCUGUUGCAGAAAGCUUAAAAUCGGAAAGUGUUAAGGAUGAGAAAUCUCCUCUGGCGUCGAAGGAAACGUCAAGGCCAGAAUCUUCGCUAGGAAGCGUUAAGGACGAAGCUGAAAGAGCAGAAAGUCGUCGCGCAUCUCAGGUACCGAGCGAUACCCCGGAAAAAACUAAGGACGAAAAGUCAGGUUCUAAAGAAGUAUCCCGACCAGAAUCUGUGGCAGAGAGUGCUAUUGAUGAUGCGGAAAAAUCUAAGGAGCCAUCAGGUCGAGAAUCUGUAGCCGAAAGCGUAAAAUCAGAAAGCAUGAUAGAUCAGAAAUCCCCUCUGCCGUCAAAGGAAACUUCAAGGCCAGAAUCCACGGUAGGAAGCGUAAAAGACGAAGCGGAAAGAGCAGAAAGUCGUCGCGCAUCUGAGAUAACGAACGAUGCUCUUGAAAAAGCUAAGGACGAGAAGUCAUGUUCGAAAGAAGUAUCCCGACCAGAAUCUGUGGCAGAGAGUGCUAUUGAUGAUGCGGAAAAAUCUAAGGAGCCAUCAGGUCGAGAAUCUGUAGCCGAAAGCGUAAAAUCAGAAAGCAUGAUAGAUCAGAAAUCCCCUCUGGCGUCAAAGGAAACUUCACGGCCAGAAUCCGCGCUAGGAAGCGUUAAGGACGAAGCUGAAAGAGCAGAAAGUCGUCGCGCAUCUGAGAUAACGAACGAUGCUCUUGAAAAAGCUAAGGACGAGAAGUCAGGUUCUAAAGAAGUAUCCCGACCAGAGUCUAUGGCAGAGAGUGCCAAAGAUGAGGCCGAGAAAUUAAAGGAGUUAUCUGGGCAAGAAUCUGUUGCAGAAAGCUUAAAAUCGGAAAGUGUUAGGGAUGAGAAAUCUCCUCUGGCGUCGAAGGAAACGUCAAGGCCAGAAUCCACGGUAGGAAGCGUAAAAGACGAAGCGGAAAGAGCAGAAAGUCGUCGCGCAUCUCAGGUACCGAGCGAUACCCCGGAAAAAACUAAGGACGAAAAGUCAGGUUCUAAAGAAGUAUCCCGACCAGAGUCUGUGGCAGAGAGUGCUAUUGACGAUGCGGAAAAAUCUAACGAGCCAUCAGGUCGAAAAUCUGUAGCCGAAAGCGUAAAAUCAGAAAGCAUGAAAGAUCAGCAACCUCCUCUGGCGUCCAAGGAAACUUCAAGGCCAGAAUCCGCGCUAGGAAGCGUUAAGGACGAAGCUGAAAGAGCAGAAAGUCGUCGCGCAUCUGAGAUAGCGAGCGAUACCCCGGAAAAAGCUAAGGACGAAAAAUCAGGUUCGAAAGAAGUAUCCCGACCAGAGUCUGUGGCAGAGAGUGCUAAGGACGAUGCGGAACAAUCUAAGGAGCCAUCAGGUCGAGAAUCUGUAGCAGAAAGCGUAAAAUCAGAAAGCAUGAUAGAUCAGAAAUCUCCUCUGGCGUCGACGGAAACUUCAAGGCCAGAAUCCACGGUAGGAAGCGUUAAGGACGAAGCCGAAAAGGCAGAAAGUCGACGCGCAUCUGAGGUGGCGGGCGAUACCCCGGAAAAAGCUAAGGACGAAAAGUCAGGUUCGAAAGAAGUAUCCCGACCAGAGUCUGUGGCAGAGAGUGCCAAGGAUGAGGCAGAGAAAGUAAGGGAGUUAUCUGGGCGAGAAUCUGUUGCAGAAAGCGUAAAAUCGGAAAGCGUUAAGGAUGAGAAAUCUCCUCUGGCGUCGAAGGAAACGUCAAGGCCAGAAUCCACGGUAGGAAGCGUAAAAGAUGAAGCAGAAAGAGCAGAAAGUCGUCGCGCAUCUGAGAUAGCGAGCGAUACCCCAGAAAAAACUAAGGACGAAAAGUCAGGUUCGAAAGAAGUAUCCCGACCAGAGUCUGUGGCAGAGAGUGCCAAAGGUGAGGCCGAAAAAUUAAAGGAGCUAUCUGGUCGAGAAUCUGUUGCAGAAAGCAUAAAAUCGGAAAGUGUUGAGGAUGAGAAAUCUCCUCUGGCGUCGAAGGAAACUUCAAGGCCAGAAUCCACGGUAGGAAGCGUUAAGGACGAAGCUAAUAGGGCAGAAAGUCGUCGCGCAUCUGAGGUGGCGAGCGAUACCCCGGAAAAAGCUAAGGACGAAAAGUCCGGUUCGAAAGAAGAAUCCCGACCAGAGUCUGUGGCAGAGAGUGCUAUUGACGAUGCGGAACAAUCUAAGGAGCCAUCAGGUCGAGAAUCUGUAGCAGAAAGCGUAAAAUCGGAAAGCAUGAUAGAUCAGAAAUCUCCUCUGGCGUCGAAGGAAACUUCAAGGCCAGAAUCCACGGUAGGAAGCGUUAAGGACGAAGCUAAAAGGGCAGAAAGUCGUCGCGCAUCUGAGGUGGAGAGCGAUACCCCAGCAAAAGCUAAGAACGAAAAAUCAGGUUCGAAAGAAGUAUCCCGACCAGAGUCUGAGGCAGGGAGUGCCAAAGAUGAGGCCGAGAAAUUAAAGGAGUUAUCUGGUCGAGAAUCUGUUGCAGAAAACGUAAAAUCGGAUAGUAUUAAGGAUGAGAAAUCUCCUCUGGCGUCCAAGGAAACUUCAAGGCCAGAAUCCGCGCUAGGAAGCGUUAAGGACGAAGCUGAAAGAGCCGAAAGUCGUCGCGCAUCUCAGUUACCGAGCGAUACCCCGGAAAAAACUAAGGACGAAAAGUCAGGUUCGAAAGAAGUAUCCCGACCACAGUCUGUGGCAGAGAGUGCCAAAGGUGAGGCCGAGAAAUUAAAGGAGUUAUCUGGUCGAGAAUCUGUUGCAGAAAGCGUGAAAUCGGAAAGUAUUAAGGAUGAGAAAUCUCCUCUGGCCUCCAGGGAAACUUCAAGGCCAGAAUCCGCGCUAGGAAGCGUUAAGGAUGAAGCUGAAAGAGCAGAAAGUCGUCGCGCAUCUGAGCUAUCGAGCAAUACCCCGGAAAAAACUGAGGACGAAAAGUCAGGUUCGAAAGAAGUAUCCCGACCAGAGUCUGUGGCAGAGAGUGUCAAAGGUGAGGCCGAGAAAUUAAAGGAGCUAUCUGGUCGAGAAUCUGUUGCAGAAAGCGUGAAAUCGGAAAGUAUUAAGGAUGAGAAAUCUCCUCUGGCGUCCAAGGAAACUUCAAGGCCAGAAUCCGCGCUAGGAAGCGUUAAGGACGAAGCUGAAAGAGCAGAAAGUCGUCGCGCAUCUGAGGUACCGAGCGAUACCCCGGGAAAAGCUAAGGACGAAAAGUCAGGUUCGAAAGAAGUAUCGCGACCAGAGUCUGUGGUAGAGAGUGCUAUUGACGAUGCGGAACAAUCUAAGGAGCCAUCAGGUCGAGAAUCUUUAGCCGAAAGCGUAAAAUCGGAAGGCAUGAUAGAUCAGAAAUCUCCUCUGGCGUCGAAGGAAACUUCAAGACCAGAAUCCACAGUAGGAAGCGAUAAGGAUGAAGCUGAAAGGGCAGAAAGUCGUCGCGCAUCUGAGGUGGCGAGCGAUACCCCGGAAAAAACUAAGGACGAAAAGUCAGGUUCGAAAGAAGUAUCCCGACCAGAGUCUGUGGUAGAGGGUGGCAAAGAUGAGGCCGAGAAAUUAAAGGAGUUAUCUGGUCGAGAAUCUGUUGCAGAAAGCGUGAAAUCGGAAAGUAUUAAGGAUGAGAAAUCUCCUCUGGCGUCCAAGGGAACUUCAAGGCCAGAAUCCGCGGUAGGAAGCGUUAAGGACGAAGCUGAAAGAGCAGAAAGUCGUCGCGCAUCUGAGGUAGCGAGCGAUACCUCGGAAAAAACUAAGGACGAAAAGUCACGUUCGAAAGAAGUAUCCCGACCAGAGUCUGUGGCAGAGAGUGCCAAAGAUGAGGCCGAGAAAUUAAAGGAGUUAUCUGGUCGAGAAUCUGUUGCAGAAAGCGUGAAAUCGGAAAGUAUUAAGGAUGAGAAAUCUCCUCUGGCGUCCAAGGAAACUUCAAGGCCAGAAUCCGCGCUAGGAAGCGUUAAGGACGAAGCUGAAAGAGCAGAAAGUCGUCGCGCAUCUGAGGUACCGAGCGAUACCCCGGGAAAAGCUAAGAACGAAAAAUCAGGUUCGAAAGAAGUAUCCCGACCAGAGUCUGAGGCAGGGAGUGCCAAAGAUGAGGCAGAGAAAGUAAGGGAGUUAUCUGGGCGAGAAUCUGUUGCAGAAAGCGUAAAAUCGGAAAGCGUUAAGGAUGAGAAAUCUCCUCUGGCGUCGAAGGAAACGUCAAGGCCAGAAUCCACGGUAGGAAGCGUAAAAGAUGAAGCAGAAAGAGCAGAAAGUCGUCGCGCAUCUGAGAUAGCGAGCGAUACCCCAGAAAAAACUAAGGACGAAAAGUCAGGUUCGAAAGAAGUAUCGCGACCAGAGUCUGUGUCAGAGAAUGCUAAGGACGAUGCGGAAAAAUCUAAGGAACCAUCAGGUCGACAAUCUGUAGCUGAAAGCGUAAAAUCAGAAAGCAUGGAAGAUCAGAAAUCUCCUCUUGCGUCUAAGGAAACUUCAAGGCCAGAAUCCGCGGUAGGAAGCGUUAAGGACGAUGCUGAAAGGGCAAAAAGUCGUCGCGCAUCUGAGGUACCGAGCGAUACCCCGGAAAAAGCUAAGGACGAAAAGUCAGGUUCGAAAGAAGUAUCCCGACCAGAGUCUGUGUCAGAGAGUGCUAAGGACGAUGCGGAAAAAUCUAGGGAGCCAUCAGGUCGACAAUCUGUAGCUGAAAGCGUAAUAUCAGAAAGCAUUAAAGAUGAGAAAUCUCCUCUGGCUUCUAAGGAAACUUCAAGGCCAGAAUCCGCGGUAGGAAGCGAUAAGGAAGACGCUGAAAGAGCAGAAAGUCGUCGCGCAUCUGAGGUAUCGAGCGAUGCCCUUGAAAAAGCUAAGAACGAAAAGUCAGGUCCGCAAGAAGUAUCCCGACCAGAGUCUGUGGCAGAGAGUGCCAAAGACGAGGCUGAAAAAGAUAAGGAACCAUCUGGUCGAGAAUCUGUUGGUGAAAGCGUAGAAACAGAAAGCAUUAAGGAUGGCAAAUCUCUUCUUGCCUCCAAAGAAGAAUCAAGACCUGAAUCCGUUAUAGAUAGCGUUAAAGACAACGCUGAAAAGCUGCAAAGCCGCCGCGAGUCUGUUACUGAGACCGGUGAAGCAGAGGAGGGCCCGGAUGAAAAGCCCUCAGUAGCCUCGAAGGAAGUAUCUCGGCCAGUUUCUGUGGCGGGUGUUGACGAUGAUGAAAAAUCCAAGCAACCAGAAACACCUAGGGAUGAAAAGGCUCCAGUAGCCUCAAAGGAAGUUUCUCGUCCAGAGUCUGUAUUGGAAGCUGAAGAGAAAACAGUUGCCUUGGAUGAUAAGUCUACACUUUCUAAGGAAGCGCCCCUGCCAGAAUUUGUGACCAGUGAAUCAUCCAUUGAAAGUCUGAAAGAGAAUAUUAAACUGGAAGCGAAAUCGCUCUCAGCAUCCGGUGGAGAAAGUCGCCGGGAAGCGGUUGCGGGAAGCAUAUUAGACUCCACUGAAAACGAGAAGUUUGGAGCGGUUUUGAAGGAUGUAUCUGUAACUAAAGGUGUGAAUAAUGAGCUUGAAAACAUUAAAGACAAAAAGUCGGAGUCCAUUGCUGAAUCCGCCUCAUCUCCAAUCGAGGAAGCGCCCAUUGAGUUUUCGGAGAUCGAAAUCUUGAAAAGAGCUGGCCUGGUUCUUGGGCUACAAGAAAGUUUUGAAGGAAAAUUGCCAACGGACUCGAGUCCCGUUGAUGUGGCCGAUGGCGACUUUUCACAUGUCAUCGCUUCAGUAUCUUCUGUUACAGCCACAAUUACUAAACCAGCAGAGCUUUCGAAGGUUGGUGUUGCUGUAACGGUAUCGUCUCCCGUAGACGAGGCUCCAAUAAUUUCUUCUGCUUUGGAGCGGAUACCGCGGCCCGAUUCUGCAGAAGUCACAAGUCCAGAAAGUACCAAGCAUGAGAAAUCGCCACUCUCUUCAAAGGAAACCUCGAGGGCAGAAUCUGUUGCAGAAAGCAACAAGGAUGAUGAAAUUUUAAUGGAUAAGAUAUCAACGGAUGUAAAGAAUUUACCAUCUACUGUCAGCUCAAAGGAAACUUCACGCCCGGCGUCAGUAGCAGAUACAGCUUCAUCCCCAAUCGAUGGAGCAUCUGAAUACCUUGCACAAUUCGAGGCCGAGAAAAAAACGCUGCCGUUAAGUAUGGGCCAAAAAGGUAGUUUGCCAACUUUGUCGAGCCCUGUGGAUGUAGCUCAUGAUGACUUCCUACAGACGUCAACACCCACAAGCUCUCCAAUUUCAGUCUCAGCCCGACCAGCAGAAUUUUCCGUAGUUGGCAUUGAAAACACAGCGUCAAGUCCGGUAGACGAGGCUCCUAAAUGCCUAUUUGAAUCUUCUGUAAAGGAUGAAGUUCAGAAAUCUGAUUCCUCAACCACAAAGGAAGGAUCUCGUCGUGAAUCAUUCGCAGAAAGUUCGCAGGUUGAGGAGGAAAAGCCCUCGGAGCCCUUCCUUCAAGAAUCUAAAACCGAAAGCCCCUUACCGGAAAGUCUGAAGGAUGAAAAGUCUUUGAUGGAUGUCUCUGGACCUGGGUCUGUCGUAGUAGACCAAGGUUAUAUUGAAAAAUCGGAAAAUAUUCCUAAAACAAGUAGUACCAUGGAUGAUAAGUCUCCGCUGGCUUCUAAAGAAGCAUCAAGGCCAGAAUCAAUUUUAGAAAGCUUUAAGGAUGAAAAUGAAAAACCCAUAGAAGCUUCCCGGCCAGAAUCAGUGGCUGAAAGCAUCAAAAGCGAAGUUGAUGGCACCGAAAGUCGGACAGAGUCAGUUGCCGAGAGUAUAAAGGAAGGAAAUAUUAAAUCUUGCAAAGAAGACGUACAAUCAACGUCUGUAGUUGUUGAAAAUGAGGAACAACUCAAAAAAACUUCUCGGAAUGAUUCUAUUGCAGAAAGCAUUAAGGCGGACAGCACAUAUGGUGAGAAGUCUCCAAUGGCGUCAAAAGAUGCCUCUCGACCUGGAUCCAGUGCUGAAAGCAAUAAAUGUGAAACUGCAAGUGGCGUAAUGCUAGAAAGUGCAGUGGACAACACAACCACAAUUUCUGUCAAGGAAUCUGCUCGAUCAGCAUCCGUUGUUGAAGAUGACGACAUAGCAAAUCGUUGUGAUUCAGUCGCUGUCAGUAUACAGUCAGACAGUGUUAAGGACUUGAAUUCUCCUCUUGCGUCAAAGGAAGUUUCUCGCCCUGCAUCCGUGUUGGAAUGUAAUGAUGAAAUAUCUGCUGUACCAUACCGGCCUGCAUCUGUGGCAGAAAGCUCUCGUGCGGAGAGCUCAAAGAAUGAUAAAUCCGCUGAAGCCUCCAAAGAAACUUCAAGACCAGAAUCAGUUGCAGAAAGUGUUAGUGACGAUGGUGAAAGGUCUAAGGCUUCAUUAGGACAGGAGUCCAAAACUGAAGAUCGCAAGGAAUCAAAGUCGCCGUUUGAGUCAAAGGAAGUCUCACGACCCGGAUCAGUUAUUGAAAGUGUGAAAGACGAAUCUGAAAAACCGGAAAGUCGUCGUGUUUCAAUCGCCGAAAGCAGCAAGGUUGCGAUUAUAGAAGCGCCAAGUAAAAAGAGUGAAUCGAUCUCCACCUCAACUGUAGAACCUUCACGUAGUUCAUCAGUCGCAGAACGCACUGCCAUCGAAAAAUUCCAGGAAGUAUCGCGACGCGAUUCGGUGACUGCUACUUCCGAAAAGGAAAAGUCACCGAUUUCUUCCAGUUCUGAGAUGCCAACUGCUUUAAAGGAAACCUCACUCCAUACGUUGGUAGGCGAAACCGCUUCAUCGCCAAUUGAAGAAGGUCCACAAUACAUUGCUGGCCUGGCACAGCCCCUCACCCAGAUGACAACCGAAGCGAGAGGACAACUUCCAACUCUCUCUAGCCCUGUUGAUGUGGCAGAAGGAGAGUUCUCAGAAUUACAACUUGAGACCUCCUCUCUUCUAACUACACUUUCCAGGCCAGCGGAACUCACUCAGUCGAAUACGGCUCAAACAGCCUCCAGCCCCGUGGACGAAGCUUCUCCUUAUCCUGACACCAUCGAAGUAGUUCAAGAGCAUAGCACACCUGAAUCAGGAGAAGCAAAGCUGGUUGAAAGCUCGGUGGCCGAGCAGGAGAAAAUUCAAAACGGCGAACAGCUGAUAGCGAUUCAAUCUAAGCUGGACGUCCAAAUUGACACGGUCACCGGAGUUUGUAGCACUGCAGUUGAGGCGGUCGAAAAGAAAGUACAGGAAAUAACAGAGAAUGUUACUGAGUGCAAACAGGUUUCCGAGCAAACUACUGAAGUAAAUCAAAUUUUAACGGAGAGUGGCCAGGAUAAGAGCAACCUGAAUCUCGGUUCUUUCUCAGAGUUGCGAGAAACGCACAUUACCACCGUGGACUCGCCCGAGUUUACAGUUACGAUCUGCGAGAGAGAGGAUCCUGUGCUGCAUGAUAUCAAGGAGGAGGACGAGGAGCAUCGCUUCUCUCCUCCUAGCGAAGGUGACAAGACGGGAAUUUUGCCACCACAGCCGAUACGACCACUAUCACCGCGCGAGGAAGAAGUAGCUAGAAUCGUUGCAGAUGUGGCCAAAGUUCUCAAGUCUGACAAGGACAUUAUUGACAUCAUACCGGACUUUGACGAGCGCCAGCUGGAGGAGAAGCUUAAAUCCACCGCCGACACAGAGGAGGAGUCCGACAAGAGUAUCAAGGACGAGAAAUUCUUGGAGAUCAACGUCAGAGUAGAAAAUGAGUCCGAGAAAUCAUCGCCCGACCAGAAAUCAGGCCCCAUCUCAAUCGAGGAGAAAGAUAAGAUCGAGCAGUCGGAAAAGGCGCAGUUACGACUGGGAGUUUCUGAUGUUACUCACACGGAGGCGGAAGAAUUAUCUACCAGCAAGGAAACAACAGAAACUGUGCUCCAUUCUUCAAGUACGACAGAAACCAUCGAGAGCAAACAGGUAGAAGGGUCGAGUGUGGAGUUAUUGUCUACUACAGUCACUAAGUCCACGGUCCUCUCCAGUCAGUCAAUCCAACUACGCGAAGAGUCCACCUCUGACUCGUUAAGCAGUAGCCUUAAAGUAGAAGACAACUCUCGUCGCGAGUCGCUAUCCAGCCUGCUUGCCGAAAAGGGGGGAAUCAUUAUCAGCACCAGUCUAAAGGAGGACGCCAGCAUCUCGGCGUCUCAGAUGGAAGAACUGCUAGUGCAGUCUGAAGAGUGCUCAUCGGAAUCAAUCAUUAGCGAGAUUCAGACCAACACCGCUCAGAAGUCAGUCAAGGAAACCAAAGAUACGAAGGAAACCAGUAAUUUUAGCUCCAACAGUUCCACUAAAGACGAAAGCCUAAAGGAGACUGUGGCUGAAUUUUUAGCCACCGAGAAGAUCGUCUCUACCAAAGAAGCCUUCAGCGCUGAAGCCACCAAAACGGCCGAUGAAUGCCUGAAAAAUGCCACCGCCAACACCGUCUCUAGCACCACCACAACACAACAACCAAUGUUUUCGGGUUCGAGCGAGUCUCGGCAGGAGUCUGUGCUGAGCCAGCCAAGCGAUGGCGAUAAGGAGCCCAAUGACGACGAUGACGAGCGCGCCAGUGUGAAGGAGAGCCGCUCCAAGUCUAUUGCUACUAUAAUGAUGACCAGCAUCUACAAACCUUCCGAUGACAUUGAGUCAAUUACCACGCUUGCCGAGGAGGAGCAUGUGAAGGAACUUGUUGACAAUUUCACUUCCACGACCUCCAGUAAGACCACAACUUUUCAGGAGUCAAGUAAACAGAUCAGUAGCACUUCCACCAGCAGCACUUCCAAAAACUCUUCAUCCAAGCUGGAGUCCAUUACGCUCUCCCAAAUUGAUCUGCAGUCUGACCGGCAUCAGGCACAGUGCCCGGUUGAGUCGGUUGAUCGCAAGACACCGCCAACAGCACCUGUUAGUCCCUGCGUUAAGCCAUUAAGCUCGACGGAAUCCGCUAGCUCUGUGAUUGGAGUUGGAGUUGGAUCUGUGGGCAGAAAGUGCGAUUCCAGCGCCGCGAGCCUCGUAUCCUCCUCGGGUCCACUGUCGCCCAAGGACAUCAGCGGCAAGUCCAGCCCUGGAGCUCUCACCUCGGAGAGUCAGUCCAUUCCCACACCGCUAGGUCGAGAGUCACAUACGGAGACCCCGGAAUCAUCGCCCAAGCCAACUUCGCCUUUCCCACGCGUCACCAAAGACGAGCUGAAAUCCAUGGAAAUUCAAGACCAAGAACAGAUUUUAGCAGGAGCUGAAUGCGAGCCUGAUCUUCCCGAGCUUCAUGAGCUGCGUGGACUAGAGUGCACUACAGCCCUCAGCGGGAGCACUGAAAAGAUAAUCACCACCACGAUCACCACAGUAACAAAGGUGAUAUCGGCAGAUGGCAAAGAAAUUGUAACUGAGCAAAAAACGGUGACCACCACGGACAGCUCAGAGCCCGACAGCGAAAAGGUAGUGGUGACCACCACGCGCACCACCAGCGAAAGCGAACGCGACCAGAUUCUACCCAAGGAGGUAGCGCUCCUACGCGGUCUUUACCGCGCCAGCACCCCGGGCAGCGAGGAUGACGAUGAUUUACUGCUAGGAUCGCCGCGCAGCGCCACCAGCUAUGAGCUGCAACACUCCAGUUCUGGCGUGAGUAAGCGCUCCGACCUGGACGCCGACGGAGACGAAAGUCAAGAUGAUAUUCCUCCGCAAUAUGGUAGCGAGGAGCACUCGACGGCACGCUCGAUUCAUCUUCUUCGCACAGCCGACCCAAUGGCCACUUCCUUCUACGGUGCCCUGCCCGACAGUUUUGACGCUACGAUGAAGCCCAGCACUGAACCAAUCUCCAUUCAGGGCGCUCCUUCAGGGGAUAGCCAAUCAUCGGAGAGCGUAGAAAGCAGUAGCCAGACCUGGGCGGGUCACAAGUUUCUUGACCAGGCGGACAAGGAUUUCCAACGGGCGCUCGAGGAGCACGUACAGGCGCGCGGUGCCGAAGUCAUGUCUUCAGUCACCUCCAAGUACUCGUACUCACCCUCAAAAGCCGAGGAGGUGGAACAAAUCGUAAGCAGCACUGCAGAACGACAACGUUUCCCGUUGAGCGAUGUGCAGCGGUCCCGAGUGGCGGAAAGCGGAUUUGCCACAGUGGGAAGCGUCGUUUCCCAGCAGGAGCAAGAAAAAGCAGACAGCACAACCACACCAUCAUCAACCAGACCCACAACCACUGCGAGUUCUACAGGAGCCCUGCCCAAGGACCGCUUGGAAGAAUGGGGCAAGCCCCUCGGCUUGCCAUCGCCAGCACCACUUCCUGUGGAAGGCGGGGCUGACAUUCGCACGACACCCAAGAAGGAACGGCGCCUUGUUGCCACCAAAACGCGACUGAACAACGAGAAAAAUCUUCGGAAACGCAGCGAAUCGCCGAACAAGGCUGGCAAGAAGUUAGCACCCGUCUACGUGGACCUUACUUAUGUGCCGCACAACGGCAACUCCUACUACGCGCACGUGGAUUUCUUCAAACGGGUGCGAGCCCGCUAUUACGUUUUCUCCGGCACGGAACCUAGUCGACAGGUGUACGAUGCGCUUCUAGAGGCCAAACAAACAUGGGAGGACAAGGAGCUGGAGGUCACCAUCAUACCCACGUACGAUACCGACGUGUUGGGUUACUGGGUGGCUGAAAAUGAGGAGCUGCUAGCAAAGCACCGCAUCGACCUCUCGCCAUCUGCUUCCCGGUGCACCAUCAAUCUGCAGGACCACGAAACCUCGUGCUCUGCUUACCGCCUGGAGUUCUAGGCCACGGGCUUGUUUAUUGCGUUCGACGAUGACUAAGCUAACCCACAACGCAACCAAUCAAAGAAACCAAAAAAGAGAGCAUGCCAGAGAAUAGAGUUCAUGUAUGACUUACAAAGUGAAUGGACUUGAACUUUGGCAUAACAGAAACCAGAUCAAUGACCAGCACUACAACAACUAGGGUAGCAGUACGACGAUGGGGAAAAUGACAAUGCUUGUUUCGAGUGUGGAAAUGAAAACGAGACAGACGCAGGUUGAUAUGGCGGAAUACGGGUCACGCGAAUGAGGCCAUUUUGUUUACUAACACCGUCUAUCAAGCUUCGUUGAUUAAUUUCUUUCCAACCAAAAGCUAAGUAAUUAAUUGAUAUUUAGUUUAAAAAUAUUAAUUACCAAACAAUGCAAAUCAACCAGUAGACCCAGAUCCACAGUGAGUUAGUCGAAGAAAAUACUUAUUUGCCACUUUCAUUAAACACCGUCAAGCUACUUAGUCAAGUAAUCCAAAGAACAAAAUAAUGUUCAAAUUCGGGAAAAAAUACAAAGAAAAAAUUGAAAAAGUUUAAGAGAACACAAAAAAAAGAAUGUAAGGACAGAAUAUAAAAAUAAUAUUCAUGUUUAAUGUAUUAGUAAAAACUUUUACGAGCACCGAUUGGUCUCUUCAUACCAAAAGAUUUGAAUUUUAAAGCGAACAUAGCUAACUGCAAGUGUAUAACCGCAAAUUCAGGGCGCUAUGUAGCCGUAGAAUAAUAAGCGAUCAUAGUACAUAACACUAAUCGGAAGCGGAUUCAUUACCCGCCCUUCGGACUUAACCUAGGCAAACGUUGGACGCGAUUACAAUUACUAUUUAUUAUUAACCGAUCGAAUCCAAGAUUCAAGAUCCGAAAUUUAUUUAUUGAAUAAUUUAAACUCCAGUGAUUUAGCUUCGUAUUGUUUCUUUGCGGUAGCUUCUGUUGUUUUAUAUGUGAACCGCAGAAAGGUUAAUACCUUAUCAGCGUUAACAACUGAAAUGAAAAGAGAAGGAAACUAAACCCAAGAACUAAAAGAAUUCAAGGGCAUUGAGUAAACGAUUAGAAAAGGGAACGACGGAUUCGUCGCCGUAGCACGACGAUCACUGAUGGAUAUACGAGAUGUUGGACGGAACGACAAAACACGAAUAUCGACGACGAUGACAAGUUAAUGCUGAUGUUACUAUAUAAAAAGUACAAGGGUGGAAGUUGGUUAAGUUGGGCUGGGAUUGUGAUGGGGCGGCAGAAUAGGAUUGAAUGGGUUGGGGUAAAGAUAGAAUGAUGAUGCAGUAGAACAGCAUUUGUGAGACGAAAGUGAGAAUGAGCAGAAAGUCAUAAGUAAAUACAAUUUAUAUGCAUUACACAAAGUGAAUGAAGGUUAUUUUUCUAUAUUUUUUUUACUUUUUCAUAGUCAUAGAAUAACAAAUUUGCAACUAACAAACGAGAUAAAAAUGCAGCAAGAACAGAACAAGACUUGUCCAGGUACUCAUGCAAUUUUAUUCCACGUAAACAGUAACCACACAAUAAACGGUACAAGCAAUUUGAGGCAACAGCAAAAACAGUCCAAAAGAGCCAGUUAUAUUUAUAAAUUAUAGUCUCGAGUGGUCAAUUCACUGCUCGGGGCCGACUUUUUAGGCAACGCGUAUAUUUUUUAGUUGCUUUUAUAUACAACAGCAACAACUAAGAGGGGCUGCAGCCGACAACGUGAAAAUUGCAACAUGCAACAGGCAGGCAGCAACAGUUAACUGGCAACCGUCCAGUCUACAACCGUUUGAUAAACAACAAGUGAAAUUAAAACAAAAUUAUACACGUAGAGCUAAGAGGGGCGGGAAUACGAGAUACGAGAAUGGGCAUUUACGGUCCUUUCUGGAACGGAUCACGAUCUGCGUUCCCCGUCCGAUACGUACCGAUCGAGCGUCUUUCAAUUAUUGAGUAGCAUUGCAGUCUCCGCUUUAAGGAUUUUAAAUUUGUAAUCAAAAAAUACAAAAGAUGAAUUUUAUUAAAUAUUACAUUUAUUUCCAAAUUUGUGCGCUAAGCGAAACAACAUAAACUAUACCGAAGACGGUAAAUAUUAAUAAUACUCACACAACUAUAUAUUGAUGUUGCUUAAAACAAAAAACCCCGAAGAAAAACUUCUACCAGCGAGUAGACAUUUUUUGCCUUUCACGAAACGAAUUUCCCCUAAGAUAUACAUAUAUGAAAAUAUGAAAACUUGUUAACAUUGCCCCUGUUGUUUUGCGGCUUAAGUUUGUUUGAAUUCAGAUAAAUGGGAUCAGACCAUACACUAUACACUAUACACACACCGCACUACACCACACGCACAUGCAUCCAUUGCCUUAUAUCCAGAGAACAAAUAGAUAUCUGCAUCAUACCUUAUAUAAGUGUAAGAAUCAAAUACGAUAUGUAUGACCUAUGAAAGUUUGUUUGUUGAAUUUGCUUUUACUUUUUAGCAGCUUCAAAUUAAAUCAAAUAUACAUAUUAAAUGCAGACACCUCCGCACACACACGCUCCACGUUUGUAUGCAUGUGCGUGUGUGAUGUGUGUGGGCUCCUGUUUGCUCUAUAUAAUCAUUAAUACAGCAAGUACAUGCAGAAAGCAAAAUUGUUACAAACAAAAGCCAGACCGAAGUAUCGAUAGCUGGCAGAUGAAGUAGCUACAUAGCUAUAGCUAUACCUAGGAAUGAGGAAAUUAGAAGUGUUCGAAUUCGGGAAGGCAGGGAAAGAGCCAGCACAUGGAUCCGAUAUUGGGCAGAGCUUAUUGCGAAGAAAUAUAUAUGUAUUACAUUUUAUGAAACGUCAAGCUUAUCUCAAAAACUAUUUCCGAAACAAAAUCUGAAAAUAUAAUAAACGUAUUUAUGUGAA